AGGACUACUAGGUUUCUGUGGACAAGAAGCCUCCUAUGGACAGAACCAUCCAGGUAUUCCAGCCGCUCUGAGCAGGCUUGACUCAGGAAUUCAGCCUCUCCCAGGCCAGGCACCUGUUGCGAACAGUGGGCGUGGCGUCACCUUGUCAGCAUCAGGUAACACCCACUGAUCAGCUUUCCUGAGCUACAUCCUCGGCUCGUGACGGAAUGUAAGUCUUAGCCAGGAAGCUAUAAGCAACAUACAAGAAGCAGCAGCAGCAAUAACCGAGUUUUUCCCGGCUGCCAUCCAUCUUCUUCUCUCCUCCUGCUGCUGCUAACAGGACAAGCCAAGAUGGGGACAAAGCAUUUGUUCUCAAAAUUCUUCCAGAAAGUCACUUUCCACCCACACCUGAGCAGGAAAUACAAGCCAGUGGGCAGCACGGAACCCGAUGAAGAGCCUGAAGAAGAAUCUGAACUGACAUCAGUUGAGCAAGUGAAUGAAGUAGCAUCUUUCCCUCCCAAAGAGGCUUGCAAAUGCCAUUCAGAGGAACUGGCCAAAACGUUGCAGGUUGAUUUAGAAAAGGGACUUUCCGAAUUCUCGGUGCUGCAGCGCAGGGUCAAGCAUGGCUGGAAUGAAUUUGUAGUUGAUAAUACAGAACCAGUGUGGAAAAAAUAUCUCGACCAGUUUAAGAACCCCCUGAUCCUUUUGCUGUUGGCUUCCGCUUUAGUUAGUGUGGUUACUAAAGAAUAUGAAGACGCCGUGAGUAUCGCAGUGGCUGUCAUCAUUGUGGUAACCGUGGCCUUCAUUCAGGAAUACCGUUCCGAAAAAUCUCUGGAAGAACUUAACAAGCUGGUCCCUCCAGAGUGUAACUGCAUGAGGGAAGGGAAGCUACAACACCUUCUCGCUCGAGAGCUUGUGCCCGGAGACCUUGUGUGCCUCUCCAUGGGAGACAGAGUUCCUGCAGACAUAAGACUCACCGAGGUUACAGACCUCUUGGUGGACGAAUCCAGUUUUACAGGGGAAGCAGAACCCUGCAGUAAGAAUGAUGGCAUCUUAGCAGAACCUGGAGACAUAAUGACCCUCAGUAAUGUUGCUUUCAUGGGAACACUCGUGCGAUAUGGCAAGGGAAAAGGCAUUGUCAUUGGAACAGGAGAAAACUCGCAGUUUGGGGAAGUGUUCAAAAUGAUGCAAGAGGAAGAGACCCCCAAGACCCCACUGCAGAAAAGCAUGGAUAAAUUGGGGAAACAGCUUACCCUUGUUUCCUUCGGCAUCAUUGGUCUACUCAUGCUGAUUGGUUGGCUGCAAGGGAAACAUCUUCUUGACAUGUUCACCAUUGGAGUGAGCUUGGCGGUGGCUGCCAUCCCAGAGGGCCUUCCGAUUGUAGUCACGGUGACGUUAGUCCUGGGUGUCUUGAGAAUGGCCAAGAAACGAGUCAUUGUGAAGAAGCUGCCAAUCGUAGAGACUCUAGGUUGUUGCAACGUUAUCUGUUCCGACAAGACUGGGACCCUGACAGCCAAUGAGAUGACCGUCACUCAGCUCGUAACUUCAGAUGGAUUCAAGGCUGAGGUGAGCGGAGUUGGAUACAACGGAGUGGGAAAGGUGUACCUCUUACCCUCUAGAGAAGUCAUCAGAGAAUUUUCAAAUAUCUCUGUGGGAAAACUAGUGGAGGCUGGAUGUGUUGCCAAUAAUGCGGUUAUUCGAAAGACGAUUGUGAUGGGCCAGCCAACUGAAGGUGCCCUGAUAGCCCUGGCAAUGAAGAUGGAACUGAGCGAUAUUAAAGAUAUUUAUGUAAGGAAGAAGGAGAUUCCAUUUAGCUCAGAGCAGAAAUGGAUGGCUGUCAAAUGUGCUUUGAAAGAAGAGGGCCUGGAAGAAGUCUAUUUUAUGAAAGGGGCCUUUGAAGAGGUGAUGCAACAUUGCUGCAUGUUCAACAGCAGUGGCCUUGGCCUCCCACUGACACCGCAACAGAAGGCUGUCUAUGUUCAGGAAGAAAAGCACAUGGGAUCCCUUGGCCUGCGGGUGCUUGCACUGGCAUCUGGACCAGAACUUGGCAGGCUCACCUUUCUAGGUCUAGUCGGCAUCAUCGACCCCCCGAGGCAAGGAGUGAAGGAAGCUGUGCAAGUCCUGAUUGAGUCCGGUGUAGCUGUGAAAAUGAUCACUGGAGAUGCUUUGGAAACCGCCUUAGCCAUUGGACGGAAUAUUGGUCUCUGCAAUGGGAAAAUGAAAGCUAUGUCUGGGGAGGAACUGGAGAACACCACCGAGUCAGCUCUAUCAUCAACAGUCCAAAACGUUUCCAUCUUCUUCCGAACCAGUCCAAAACACAAAGUUAAGAUCAUAAAGGCUUUGCAACGGGCCGGUGCCAUCGUAGGAAUGACUGGUGAUGGCGUGAAUGACGCAGUCGCUCUGAAAUCUGCAGAUAUCGGGGUUGCAAUGGGACAGGCAGGCACAGAUGUCAGCAAGGAGGCUGCCAACAUGAUCCUCGUGGACGAUGACUUCUCAACUAUCAUGAACGCAAUCGAGGAGGGGAAAGGAAUAUUUUACAACAUCAAAAAUUUUGUUCGAUUUCAGCUCAGCACGAGCAUCUCAGCUCUGAGUUUAAUCGCUCUGUCAACAGUAUUCAAUUUGCCAAAUCCACUCAAUGCCAUGCAGAUCUUAUGGAUCAAUAUCAUCAUGGAUGGGCCCCCAGCUCAAAGUUUGGGCGUUGAACCGGUAGACAAAGAAACCGUCAAGCAACCUCCAAGAAGAGUCACAGACACAAUUCUCAGCAAGUCACUGAUUCUGAAGAUCUUACUGUCUGCUGCCAUUAUCAUCAGCGGAACCAUCUUUGUCUUUUGGAAAGAGAUUCCAGAAAGCGGUGUGACGCCGCGGACCACAACCAUGACUUUUACUUGCUUUGUGUUCUUUGACCUCUUCAACGCCCUGACGUGUCGUUCCCAGACAAAACUGAUAUUGCAAAUUGGUCUUUUCCGAAACCGCAUGUUCUUAUAUUCUGUCCUGGGGUCUAUUUUGGGUCAGAUGGCUGUUAUUUACAUCCCGCCAUUACAGAGGAUCUUCCAGACAGAGAACUUAGGAGCACUAGACUUGCUGUUCCUCACUGCCCUGGCUUCCUCUGUUUUUAUUAUCUCUGAGCUGGUCAAAGUGUGCGAGAUCUAUUGCUGCCACCGGCCAAGGACGGACUAUGCCCAGCUGGAGACCGCGUGACUAAAAGAACACAGCUUCCCCUCUAUGGGGGCCGGAAUGCUGUUUGAAUGAAACUGCCAGAUUCCAAAAUCCGCAUGGGACUAUGCGAUCCUUUUUUUAUACAUCUGUGAAUACUUCCGAGCAACUCCAGAUCAACAGAACUAUCAUAGACUGAUCAGAGGUCUUCCAAAUCGCUGUCCAGAAGGCCUGGAUUGCCCCCAGUUACACACACCUCUCGUCUUACAAUGCUGUCUUUUACAGAGCAGGAGAGCAAAAAAGGAAAGAGGGAUCCAC